AUGAACCACUCAGCAGAGCCGUCUCCUGUGGAAGCUCCCGAGGAGUUUGACGGCUGGAUGGGCCUCGUUUGUCUGGUCCUGGCUCUGUCUUUCACGGUCGGAGCCCCGGGGAACCUGCUGGUGAUCUGGACCAUCCUGAGACACGUCAAGCAGAACGCCCACGUUGUGGUGCUCAUCCUCCACCUGGCUGCGGCAGACCUGCUGGUCCUCGUCACCCUGCCUCUGUGGAUCUACUCUCUGAUGGACACGUGGGUGUUUGGAGCGGCUUUCUGCAAGGCCUUGGUGUACAUUAUCAACGAGUGUAUGUUCAGUAGCAUCUUCUUCAUCACCCUCAUGAGCGUGGAACAGUUUCUCGCCAUCUGUCAUCCCUUUGUUAUGUUGCGCUGGAAGAACAGCAGGACUCUGAACUGGUGUCUGGUGGUUUUGUGGCUCGAUGCUUUACUUUCAGGGGUGCCCGUCUUGCUCACCCAGACUUUGGAUGGAUUUGAUGGAACAGAGCAGUGUUUGUACAGUGAGUUUACCUCUAUGACUCAUGAAAUAAUACAGUUCUGCCUGCAGACCUCGGUGGGCUUUGUAAUUACCUCCGCCAGGAGGUUAUUUCCUUUUAUUACUCUCAGUAUCUGUUACUGUCGAGUGUCUGCACAGCUCAACAAAAUGAGCUUCAACUCAAAACCAAAAUCCAUGGCUCUAAUCCUGGUUGUGGUGGUUGGUUUCACACUGUGCUGGUUCCCUUACCACCUCGUAAACAUCGUCGACCUGGCUUGCACCCUGGGAUCAGGUGUGGAGCAUCAGUAUUUACCCGGGAAUUUGGUCUCCUGCUCUGGUGCCCUUGUUUUCAUCAGCAGCGCAGUCAACCCCAUGCUGUAUGCUUUUUUUUCAAGAAACCUACGAGGAGGCUUGGUGGAGUCCCCACUGGUCAGGCUGUUCCAAGACAUGGCCGUUCACACAAGCAGACUGAAUGAGCUGUCACUGCCUCAACAGGCGAGCCAGAGGGCAGCAGACACCCAGGAAGAGCAGGUGGCUGUCUGCCUAAUAAAAACUGUGAAUCCCUGA